GGGCUGGUUUCCGGUGAGCGGAGCCAGCCGGGCAGGGCUCCGCCCUCCGCUCCCCGUGCGGCGCCGGCUGCGGCAGGGAGCCCAGGCGGAGCGGCCGGGCUGGGCAGCGGCACCGUCCAGCUCCAGGACUAGUUGGCUGCCAUGCUAAUGUUGCUUGCGUUUGGAGUUCUGCUUCAAGAAAUCCUGGCUAAUGCCCAAGAUGAAAAUCUUACUGAAAUCAAAAACAUUCCAGAAGUGCCAUUAUAUAGCUACAAAAGUAUCAAUGUACCGGAAGAGCAUAUUCCAUACUUUCUGCACAACAAUCGGCAUAUUGCCACAGUCUGUAAGCAGGACUCUCAUUGCCCAUAUAAAAAAUACUUGAAGAAUCUAAAAUCCUGCUGGGGCUAUGAGAGAUCCUGCAAGCCGGAAUACAGGUUUGGUUACCCAAUGUGUGAUUAUGUUGAAACGGGAUGGGCUAAUGACAUUGAGACAGCUCAGCAGAUAUUCUGGAAACAAGCUGACUUUGGUUAUGUUAAGGAAAGGCUGGAUGAAAUGAAAACCCACUGCAAGCCUAUAGCAAAGGGUGAUUCAUCUCUGGCCUGCUCACAGUACCUCCAGCAUUGUAGAGCGACAAACUUGUACAUUGAUUUAAGAACCACAAAGCGAAACCAUGACAGAUUCAAGGAAGACUUUCUCCAGAAAGGAGAAAUCGGAGGUCAUUGUAACUUUGACAGUCAAGCAUUCAUGGCUGAAGGUCAGCGCAAGAGCCCUCUGCAGUCUUGGUUUGCCGAACUCCAGACAUAUACUCCACUAAGCUUCAGACCCAUAGAAGAUGGCAAAUGUGACAUUAUUAUUGAAAAGCCAACUUACUUCAUGAAAUUAGAUGCAGGUGUUAAUAUGUAUCAUCACUUCUGUGACUUUGUCAAUCUUUAUAUCACUCAGCAUAUUAACAAUUCGUUCAGCACAGAUGUCAACAUUGUCAUGUGGGACACUAGUUCGUAUGGCUAUGGUGAUUUGUUCAGUGAGACCUGGAAGGCAUUUACUGACUAUCACAUAAUACACUUGAAAACAUACGACUCUAAAAGGGUAUGCUUUAAAGAAGCAGUGUUUUCAUUAUUGCCUCGAAUGCGAUAUGGCUUAUUUUACAAUACACCACUGAUCUCUGGCUGUCAUGGUACAGGAUUAUUUAGAGCAUUUUCCCAGCAUGUGUUACACAGAUUAAAUAUCACACAAGAAGGACCCAAGGAUGGAAAAAUUCGUGUCACAAUACUUGCACGCAGUACAGACUACCGGAAAAUAUUGAACCAGAAUGAGCUUGUGAAUGCUUUGAAAACAGUAUCGGCGUUUGAGGUCAAAGUAGUAGAUUACAAGUACAAGGACCUUGAAUUUUCAGCGCAAUUGAAAAUCACGCACAACUCUGAUAUAUUCAUUGGAAUGCAUGGAGCUGGACUUACCCAUUUACUCUUUCUGCCAGACUGGGCUGUUGUGUUUGAACUAUACAACUGUGAGGAUGAACGCUGCUACCUAGAUUUAGCAAGGCUGCGAGGCAUCCAUUACGUUACCUGGCAAAAAAAGAACAAAGUGUUCCCUCAAGAUCAGGGACACCACCCAACACUGGGAGAACACCCAAAGUUUACUAACUACUCAUUUGAUGUGGAAGAAUUUAUGUACCUUGUGCUUUUGGCUGCCGAUCAUGUAUCACAACAUUCCAAGUGGCCGUUUAGGGUAAAACAUGAUGAAUUCUAGGCCAAAUUUCAGGUUUAAAAUGAUUUUAAGCAACAUUUCUUUAAAAUGUGUUAAAAUCGAUUAAAAAAUCCAUGCUGGUAUAAAACUUGCAAACUUCUAGGAGGAAAAAAAUCUCCCUAUCGAAAACACUCCCAUAGCUUUUUACUGUAUUUUCAUAUUCUCUCUUCAGUUCUACAUUUUAUUCUAGGAGUUUUUUGUUGGUGAAUUCUGUUUAUCAAGAUUAUUUUUUGCACUAGUUGUUUGCAUUGCUAAUUCUCACUACUUGACUUUUUUGUAUAAAGAUCUGUCCAUCCAUUUCAUGUUAUAUUUGUCCCAUGUAUAAAUUGUCCUCUUGUAGCAAACUGUGCACAAUUGGAGAGAGGAGGGGUGGGUGGUUUGGGGUGUGGAAGGAUUAAUACAGAACUAUUUCUCAAGUUGGUCAUGGUAUGAAUGACGUAUGUAUUGAAGUGUAAUAAGGGAAACAGUUCUCCCGUCCCUCCUCUAGUCUUUGGUCUUGAAGCUUCUAUGCUGCAGUACUGUACGUGUUGUAAAUAAAAUAUUUGGGUAGGAAUUGAGUUCCUAUCUUUAGAUUUUAAGCUAUUGCGUUUUAAAGCACCUGUUAUCCAUACAAAGCAGUUUCUGUUUGAUACAGUGUAUACCCUAAAGGACAUAUUUUAAACUCAGAGGCAUUUUCCAGCUACAGAUAAAAACCGAAACCUUCCAAAGUCAGCAAUAGUUUGUGUUAAUCCUGUGGCUCUCCCCACUCCUCCAAAAAAAAUUAGGUUACAAUUAUAAAAAGCACCAGCUCUGACAAAGGCCCCUGUUUGGGUUAGGUCAGGUCUUACGUAAGAAAUCUUUCUUAAUCAUUUAUUGAAGUAGUUCAGAUUAUUCCAAGUAUUUUCUAAUUUUUUCACAAAUGCAGCUCUUCUGUGGCAGAAAUCUUGUCAGUCUAAACAGUAUUGUAUAUACUCUCUUUGAGGAGGUUUAAAGGAAUUGACUGGUUUUUUUUCUGGCAGAAAUGAUAGGAUGAUGAAGGCCUCUCAACUAAAUUGAGAUAUAACUAAAUCAUGAAAGGAACAUUGUUGUCCUAGGCAAUAAGAGCCUAAUCCGCAGUGGGACUGACUUCAGUAGGAUCAGGCCCUGUGGAUGGGCGUUUCAAAAGUGCUCUGUUUUGAUCUAACUCAGCUCCCAUUAAAGUCAGUCAGAGCUUUGCCAUUGACUUCAGCGAAGGCAGAGUUAGGCCCAUGCUGAGUAUGUUCGAAAAUUCCACUCUAGGGGUGAAAUCCUGACCCUGUUGAAUUCAGUGGGAACCCUCUCAGUGACUUCAGUAACGCCAGGAUGAUGUGUAAAAGACUUGUAUAAAUAUCUGAAGAUUGAGUUCAAGAAGACGAAGGGCAGAGUUCCAUGUUAUAUAUACUGUAGAUUUUUGAGAAUGAAUUCCAUGACAUUCCUGCAUUAUAAUGGUACAGUGUCUCAGUUGCCUGAGGCAGAAGAUAUAUUUGUAUGCAAAAGCAAGAACGUGUUACGUUAAGUGUAAACACUUGAGUGGUAUAAUUUUAGAUGAUAUUGACUUCCAUUCUGUAACAAUCAUAGGCAAUUUCACAGAGUGUAGGCAUAUUUACUGUUCUUCCUAUAAUGGUAAAGAUAAAUUACUGUAAGUAUAACUUGCCUAUAGAUCUCUCAUGACCUUAAACAGUGUAUAGGAGAGCUAGAGAUCUAAAACAGAAUGCAUUAAGAUAUUUGGUUCAGUUCUUAGAGUAAGAUAUUGGGGAACUGACAGAUAAAGCUGUUUCACUUUAAAGGAACUGUAUAAGCAAAAUUGCACUUGACAUGAAAAAUGCCUUUUAAAAUACAAAUAUCUGAGAAAUAGAGUUCUUGCAUUUGUGUGUUUUACCUCAUUUUUUUAAAAAAAGAAAAAUGUAUAAAAGAAAUAUAAGCUAGUAAAUGUGUACUGAAAAUUUAAAAUAUUGUAAGACUAAGAAAAACAUUAACUAUGAAAUGUGCACAUAUAUAUUUGAUAAAGCAAGAAUUUUAUAUAAAAAGCACAAUGCAUUGCAAAAAGAAAGAAUUAAUCACUGUUUUGCCUGGGCUUGAGGAGGAGGUAUUUCGUGUGUCUAGCUGUCUGUAUAUAGUGCCUUUUCUUACUGUGACAAAGGCCAGGUGACUUGCUGAGCUCUGCCAUGAUUGGCAAAUUUCAGUAUCUGGUUGUGUCUACACUUAAGUGUUGAAGGGUUGAUUGAUUGAUUGUAUACUAAUGUGGUUCUGGGUGAAUUUAAUAAAUUGUUGGUUGUUAA